AUGGGGGAGCCACAGGAAGGACCCUUAAAAUUCUCCGACUUCACCUUGUCCAAAUAUGGCAACAAGAGAAUCAGGAUAAACAAACCGGAUGAAGAUGUGAAAUAUUUGAUUUCCCGUUUUACGGACAAUCGGGAAAUUAGCAAGUUGACCGGCCCAGUGACGUUUAUCUCCAAAGACCAACAUGGAGAAAGCCCCACGGUGAAUGACAAAAAUAACAAUGCCUUUUAUUGGCUACUAAAAAACUCAUCGAAUGAAAAGGCAAAAUCAAAUCACAAGUCGUACAUGUCCAAACAGAGCAACAUGGAUACGGAUGUAUUUUUUGUGCUGAUGGAAAAUGAAGAAUAUUCCGACAUUUACCCCAUCUCCAGUUGGCACGUGUUCGAACCAGACCUGUCGGCAAAAACGUUGAGCAAAUUUAAUAUAGAUAAUAACCCGCAAGAAAAAUUAAGAGCAGAACAAAACAACAGAAGGUUAGAUGAUAUAAUUGAAAGGUUAAAAAGUAAAGAAGAAAAUAUGAAAGUAAAUUCCAAAGUGAGAGAAGAAGGAAAUGCAAAAAAAAAAAAAAAAAAAAAAAUUGUAAAUUCAGACUCAUCUUCAUCCUAUGAGGAUGAUGAUUUAGGAUUAAAAAAACAAGAAAAAAAACGCUUAAAAAAUUUGUAUAAAUUAAGAAUGAGAGAAAAUCAGGAUGAAAUUGAUUAUGUCGAUUCAGCUCUUUCCAUUAGUGCUUUGCGCAAAAGUAAAGUCAAUUGGGAUUACAACAAUGAUGGUAAAAAGAGUGAUGAUGAAGACAUUAAUUUGGAUGACUCAGGACAGGAAGAAUUUGAGGACGAUGAUAAUAAUGAUGAGAAUGAAGAUUCCGAUAAUAACUCAGAGGUAGACCUUUCUCGACUCACCACCUAUGGACAAACUAUGAAGUCUCUCCUCAAACAACAAGUCCAUGAUGAGGAGGAUGACGAACUGAAGCAGUACUCCGAUGAUGAUGACGAGGAGGAGGAAGAGGAAGAGGAUGACGGCGAUGAAGAGGAGGAGGAUGACGAAGAUGAAGAAGAAGUAGAAGGGGAAGAAGAAGAAGAGGAGGAUGACAAAGUUGAUGAUGGAACUGUAAAUAUGGCUAAGAAAAACUUAGCCGCCAAAAAAAAUAUGCUAAAAACAGAGGCACAAAAGAAGGCCAAAAAAGGACUUGCCCUGAACAAACCGCAAAAGGAUAAGCGACACGUACAAGAUGAAAACAACGAAGAAGAGGAUGAGGAGGAGGAGGAGGAGGAGGAAGAUGAUGAAGAAGAGGAGGAUGAAGACGAGUACCAAGGGGAUAAAAAAAGUACCCCACAUAAAAAACAACCCCUACUACAAAAUUCCAAAACAAACAGCAUUAACGAAUUCAUUAAGGAAAAAAUUAAAAAUAAAGAAUUACAAAUAAAGGAAGAAAACUGUACAAAAAUUUUACUAAAGCUUAUUGAAAAAAAUAAUGGAAAAAUGGACAUCCUGACUCUCCUCGAUGUUUUAAACAUUAAAGAAAAAAACCAAAGCUUCUUGAUCGUGCAGAAGUGUAUAAAAAAUAUGUGCAAUAUUAGCUCGCAAACCAUUAACAAUAAAAAGGUAAAGAUGGUAUCCUUGAAGCCCAGGUUUGCCUCUAAGAAGUAG